UUGAAAGGGGUCGGGUAAUAGGGGUUUGAGCCAACAUGAGCGCCUGAGGUAAAAGGGGGCAGGAUAAGAGGGAUCAAGGGACCUGGGGAAAGAAGGUUGUACUACUUUGAUAGAGGGCACAGCGCGUAGCAGGCGAGCAAACAGGCGAAGCUUUGGGGGAAUUGUUUUUUAACAUCUAAUUUUGCGAUACGGGCCAUUUUUGAACACGUAAUUGAGUAAUGAGGUUAAUGCAAUGUUGACCUUCUGAAGAUGAAACAGUGGAAAGCUCUCUCAGGUGCCGAAAUGACACAAUUGUGCUUUUUCUUCCUGCUGAUGAACAACGCCGCCUUGGUCUCCACACAGUUUAAUGGAUACAACUGUGACGCCAGCUACCACAGCCGGUUCCCUGGUGAGCGGGACAUCAGCGUGUACUGCGGGGUUCAGACCAUCACCUUGAAGAUCAACUUCUGCCCCGUGCUCUUCUCCGGCUACACCGACGCAGAUUUGGCCCUGAACGGUCGCCACAGUGACGCACAAUGCCGAGGGUUCAUCAACAACAACACCUUCCCCACGGCGGUCCUGUUCAGCAUCAGUCUCAGCUCUCUGGAGGCCUGCGGUAACAGCCUGGUGGUCAGCACAGCUUAUGGAGCCAAUGCUUAUGGGAACAUGUCUCUGGUUCAAAUCGGGAAUGUCUCCGGCUACAUCGACACCCCUGACCCGCCGGCUAUAAUCAGCUACCUGCCCGGUUUGUUGUAUAAGUUCAGCUGCAGCUACCCACUGGAGUACCUGGUCAAUAACUCACAGCUGGCAUCCUCCUCUGCCGCGAUAACUGUUAAGGACAGCAACGGUACCUUUGUGAGCACGCUGAAUAUGAUUCUAUACAACGAUUCAACGUACAAUCAACCUCUUUCUAUUCCAAUGGCUGGACUGGCUCUGAAAACAAGAGUAUUUGCUGCUGUGAAAGCUACAAACUUAGACAAACGGUGGAACAUCUUCAUGGACUACUGUUACACAACCCCCUCAGGGAAUCCUAAUGAUGAACUCCGCUAUGACCUUUUCUUUGGCUGCUACAAAGACCCACAGACGACCGUUUUUGAAAAUGGGAAGAGUCAGUCGGGCCGCUUUUCCUUUGAGGUUUUCCGUUUUGUCAAACACAGACACCAGAAGAUGUCAACUGUGUUCCUGCACUGCGUCACCAAGCUUUGCCGGGCAGACGACUGCAUAAUGCUCAUGCCGAUUUGCGGGCGGAGGCGCAGGCGGGAUGGAGAGGACAGCCUUGAUUCACCGGCAGCAGCAUCUGGGUCCGCUGUCAUCACAGCUGGACCGAUCAUCACCAGGAGUGAUGAAACUCCUGCCAACAACUCCCAACUUGCCUCUGGAGACCCCUCCCAUCCAAUGAACCCAUUGACCAGUGCUCUGGUCUCAGGAGUGGCCGUCCUGGGUGUGGUCAGUAUGGGCUUCUUCCUGCUGUCACUUCGCCUCCUGAAGAAGUCCCGCCUCCCAACCACCACAGCCUCAGGUGUUUGGAACACCACCUUUAAAUGAGCUAACAUCUGUAAAUAAUGACAUCUCGGUACUGACAAUAUACGCAAAGGUUUUUCACAUGUUGGGUACACAAGCUGAACAGAGGUUACAUGUGUGCUUCUCUUUGUACACGCAUUAUUAAAUGUGUAUAUGUUAUGUUUCUAGGCGUUCUGUAUUUAUUGCCUUCAGUACCUCAGUAUUCUUAUUAUUCAUUCAGCAAUUAUUUUGUCAAUCACAGUAUUUACAGAAGUUGUACACUCAUAACUCUGAUGCUAAUGGACAAAUGUUGAUUUUUAGAAACAUAUAAGUUGUGUUUGAUUAAAAUGACU